CGGAGGCUCCUUUGUGGGUUGGGGGGGGAAGGUAAAAACCACCCCGGGCUGGAGCAGCUGAGAGAGGAAUGGGCCCUUGGAAAGUGGCAGUGGCGGACUCUUCCGUGGAAGAAUGCUCCGACCAUGUCUCUCGUGGAAGGGGCAAAAGCCGUCCCCGCAAGGUUUUGCGCAGAGUGGCCUCGCAAGCGGUGACCAGGACCAACCCGCCGCUGGGCAUCAUCUUCACCACGCUCCUGUACUGCGGGGAGCUGGCCUCGGCCUGCGUGGUCAGCGUCUCCUACAGCCGCUCCAAUGACCAGUUCUGGAUGGUCCUGACUCUGCUCCUGAUGCUCGUCUCCUCCGUCAUGGUCCAGCUGACCCUCAUCUUCGUCAACCGGGACUUGACCAGCGACAAGCCCUUCAUCCUCUUCAUGCACCUGGUGCUGCUGGGCCCACUCAUCAGGUGUUUGGAGUCCAUCGUGAUGUUCUACCGCCAGGGCCGGGAGGAAGAGCCUUACGUCACCAUCACCCGCAAGAAGCAUCUUCACAGCGACUGUGAGAUCGAGAUUGAGCAGGAAGUGGGACACCUGGUGCGCCGGCUGGUCACUCACCGCAACGCUUUCAAGCGCAUGGCGGUCAUUCAGGCCUUCCUAGGCUCCACCCCACAACUCACGCUGCAGCUUUAUGUCACUUUAAUGGAGCAAUAUACCCCGCCCAGCAGAGCUGUCCUGAUGAGCAUGUGCUUACUCUCGGUCACUUACGGGGCAUUGGUCUGCAACACCUUGGCCAUCCAGAUCAAGUACGAUGACUACAAGAUCCGCCUCCACCCGCUGGCCUUCCUCUGUAUCCUCUUGUGGAGGGGUCUGGAGAUCUCAACCCGCAUCACCAUCUUGGUUCUCUUUGGGACCGUCUUCAAAUAUUACAGCUUGGCGGUGGGCGCGGCCAACUUUCUGGUGUUCUUCUUCUUACCGUGGGUUGAGUUUUGGAGGAGCGGGGCCAAAUUACCCGAGAACGUGGAGAAGAACUUCAGCCGGGUGGGAACUUUGACUGUGCUGGUCAGUAUCACUUUGCUGUACGGUGGCAUCAAUGUCUUCUGUUGGUCGGCUGUCCAGCUCAGAUUGUCCAGGAGAGACUUGAUUGUUAGGUCCCAAAACUGGGGCUGUUUAGCUUUAUUCUACGUGUUCCGGGGACUAGAGAACAGUCUGCUGCUUCUGGUCUGGUACUUCUUCGACACGCAAAUCUACGAGUCCCUCUGUACUCCCAUGCUGGUGCUGCAGCUGCUUGUGGCGUACUGCCUGGCCAUUGUCUUCAUGCUCUUUUUCAUGCAGUACUUGCAUCCCUGUCGCCGCCUCUUCACACACAACGUCACUGACUUCUUGCAUUGUGUCUGUUGUCAGAAGGAAGAAGUUGCCAUCUCUGUCGAUUUGGAAGUACCUCAUGAACCUGGUGUGAGGCACAGCAUAGUAUGACGAUCCACACAAUGCUGAUGGGAUGGUUAUGAAUCCCGUCCUGUUACGUUUCCGCAGUGGUACCUGUUUACCCCACCGGGAUAAGCCUUAAUUUCACGGUGCUAUGUUAUAAUUUAUAUGAAGGAUGCAGCUGAUCGUGGUGGCGAGGCAUUCUAGAGCAUCCGCUGGACUUUAUGAUGGUGGGUUGUAAGGAUACCCUUUACCAUUGUGGGUGCGGGACUAGGACAAUCAGUAUCAGGGACAGCAGAAGAAGAUGUUGCAUAGUAUGAAAGAGGAACUCUAGUUGAUGGGGCAAACCAUCAACGAAGGAUGGUCUUGCUCAUCUAGGUGCUGGCAGUUUGGCACCAGGACUCCCCUGGCUGUACUCAUUUUCAGAAAUGGAACUGAAGGAGCCUCAGUUGGCUCAAAGGGAGAACUGUUGCAAAAAGAGGCUUUGAAGAAGAGUGGCCAAUGGAGACUGUCUUAUAUCUGUGUGAUACUGCAAAGUUGGGAAAAACUUCAGAGUCACUUUCCCAGCCUUUGCUUUUAUUUAUUUGAAAACUUGCGAAGACUUUAUUGUUGUAAUUUGAAGUGCUGGAAAAGAUGUUGCCAUUCAUAGCAACUUGAUCUCAGAAUUUGUUUGGGUUUCUACAGUUCCAGGUGAUCCAUGCUCAGGCUGAAAGCUCAGGAUGAGCCCCUUUGGUGGAGGAUGAGCUUUGGAUUUCUUGCAUCCAGAUCUUCAGGGAUGUUGCAGCAGAUUGGCCUUCCCAAAUGCCCUGGAAGGACAAAGCUAGUGGCUGACUGCUACAUUGGUGGCAUCCUUCAAGAGAAAAGGGCUGAGAUUGAACUUGUUGAGCUGGUGAUGGGAAGCUGGACCAUUCCACAUCCAGGUUGUGGUUCUAGAAGGUGAUCAGCUCGUUAUAGUUUGGGCUGUCACUUGGGGAGGUGAGCAUUUCCCAACCACUUGGCUGGACCCCAUGCAAAGAUAUACUUGGAGUGUUUUCUUUUUUUAAAAAAAAUCCAUUAUGUUAAAAUGCUCAGGGCUACGAACCCAAUUUGGCCAAGCUUCUUGGCCUCCCAAACACUUCCCAUGCUAUGUAGCGCAAGGAUGUUCUUGAACACGAGCUUGUCCAAUAGAUGGGUCUUCAAAUGCUUGUAAGGAGUACGGGCUGACAUGUCGAGUUACAUAUUUGACCCCAACAAUUUCCUUGUAUGAACUGAUUUCUCUUUGUACCUCUCCUCUAUUGAGCUAAGACAAGGGGGUGUCCAAACUUGGCAGCUUUAAGACUUUUAAGACCAGCAUGGCUGGCUGAGGAAUUCUGGGAGUUGAAGUCCACAAGUCUUAAGAAGUUGCCAAGUUUGGAGAUCCCUGAGCCUACAGAUAGGCCAGACUUUGAGUUAAAGGACCACUCUGUGUGGGAUUUUGGUGCUCUUGCGUAGAAAGCUGAUCUGUGACCGUCCUUCCUCUUUAUGGUUAUUUCUAUUCCAAUGAGCAGGGUGAACAAGACCUUCAGCAGUAAUAAUUCAGGAAGAAAAACAGCAUUCGGAGCUAUGGUCCUAUGACUACCUAAGGCCGGUUGGUGUCUGGAAAAGCGGGUCCAAAGUCUUCAAUCUCAUAACUAGAGGAGGUUUCAUAUGGAUGCUAAGCCCAGGAGUAGAGGCAACACAGUGUAAUUUAACUGCCCUUUUAUGCUACAUCAAGAUGGCCCCUGUGGACACUUUGGAUGUUCUCACUUGUAUAGUGACAGGCAUACUUUUGGGUUAGCCUUUACCAGCCCCCAAAUAUUAUGCUUGGUGGCUCUUUCCAUCAACAGCCAAUAUGGAAAGGUUAGAGAAGGCCAACUUUGAUUGACGAGGAGAUUCCUGUUGGUAUCUUAGACCAGGGGUAGGCAACCUUGGCUCUUUUAUGACUUGUGGACUUCAGCACCCAAAAUUCCUACACCAGCCGUGCUGACUCAGGAAUUCUGGGAGUUGAAGUCCACAAGUCAUCAAAGAGCCAAGGUUCCCCACCCCUGCCUUAGACCCUAUCCAUCUUCGUACUUUUUUUUUUUUGCCUAUUCUUCACUGCCAAUAGGAACAAAAAAAGGGGUGUCUUUAAAAACAAAAUAGUCCAUUCUGGGCUGGCCUUUAAAUAGGCUGGUUUGAAUUUCUACAUUCUUUAAAUCCUCAUUGCGUUUGUAUUGCCUUUGCUGAAACCAAAGCAUUCUUUUGCUCCUGAGAUCCACUCUGGCCUGAAAUAAACCCAGCUUCAGGGGAACAUUCAGACACUGCCUUCUUCCGCUUCAGGUUGAGCAGGAGUCUGGUCUUUCAGCAAGGCAGCACAAGCCAAUGUAGCAGAUAACGAGCCGAGCCAAGCCUUGGGUAGAGUUUCACCCUCUCCACUGGCUUUCAGAAGACAGCUGAACCCAGCCAGGAAUGAUCACCUACCUCAAAGAGAGAUUCCACCGCUGCCUUUUUGACUCUCUUCUCCUGUGAUUAAACCAGGCGUCCAGAUCAGGUUUUAGGACCAGGCAAUCUUAAGACUAGAGGCAUAAUUUAUUUUCCCUAAUUCUCCAUUUCUUUUUAGUGCGUAAUUUCCUGAAGGGUAGCCAUUAUGGCCAGGAGCUUCCCAUAUGUUUUGUCUUUCUCUUCUCUUCUCUUCUCUUCUCUUCUCUUCUCUUCUCUUCUCCUCUCCUCUCUUUUCUUCUCCUUCCCUCUCCCUCUCCCUCUCUCUCUUUUCCCCUUAAAUGAAGCAAAAUGCAUCUAGGGAUUUAGGAAAUAGACAAGCGCAGCAAUUAAAACAUUGUCCUGAACUACUUCUUUGAAAUGACUAUUCCCCGCCCCCCCUUUUUUUUGCUUUGCUGCCUUCUCUUUGGAUAGAAGAGAUGUUUGGAGGAAUGUGAGAGUUCUGCCUAGUAUGUCUUAAAUCUAUUCCUUUUCAAAAGAUAGCUAUUCUGAAGGUUUUUGAGGGAGUUAAGCAAAAUUGCACAAUAAAGGUUUUUUUUUUCCUCUCUCUCCCUUUAGAUUGGAGGUUGAAGAUUGGAUGAUGGAUUGGUUCCUGUUAUUUAUGAAAAAAACAAAACCAAAACUCUUCCCUACAUAUAGAAAACUAGCAUAUUUUAGGAAAGAGUUCCCUAUACAAUUAUCCUAGUCCAGCAUGUCUCAACCCUCCACCCUCCAAGUACACCAAAUUACCACCUUUAGAAUUUGCAGCCAAAUUUAGGAUUUAAAUCCGAUUGUUCUGCUCUAGCCAAGACGUUGUUCUGAAGAGACCACAAAUAUACUAUUCCUAAUUAAAAUAUCUAUUUUUAAAUGCACGAACCUUCUGUUUUUGAUAUUCAGGUAAGAGGAUGUUUAUUUAGGCAUAAGGUACCAUUUAUACAAAAGGCAAUGAAUCACAAGUGUUUGGAAAUCUUAAUGUUUACAGAUGUAUCUCCCUCUGCAAAAAACAAAACCUUCAUUAAAAAGGAGGACCUCUUAUUAACCUAGCCAAGGAAGAUUAAUCAUAAUCCGUGGCCAUGAAAAACGUACUGUUGAAAUAAAGUACUUUCCAGCUAAAUGUGUGUGAGCAUUCCACCUUCUUUGUACCAUAGACACCACUCAAUGCAAUUGUGUACUACCAUCUCAUACUAUGUUCUCGUAAUUUAUAAAAGAACUUAGGAGAACUUUUUUUAGCUGAUGGAACAUACAGUCUUGCAAUACAGUUGGGACAGUAAAAGAUACAAGCAAUCAGGUCCAUCUGUUGACAUGAAGUAUUUUAAAUCUCUUAGGUCAUGCUUUUAAAUAUAGACUCUCAGCUCAGGAUGGCUUUGGAUAGAAUCCGAUUAUAUUCUAGAAAGAAGCUUAGUAACAGACAAACACCUUCCACUGGGUGGCAGAAUUGGCAAUACGAUGUGAUAUUAAGAAAGGUCAGUUGUGAAGCAGGACAAAAAAAGGGAUACCCUAAAUCCAAAACCGAAACUUGCAUUUUAAAUCUAUAGCGUGUUGGGUAGACGUGAGUUUGCCUUUGCGAUGUUGUGUAUUGUCUAUCAAAUGCUGUAAUUCUGAUUACUGAAUGCUGUCGGGUGCCAAAUAUUAUUCCAUACCAUCUAUAAUAGAGUCAGAUAUUGCAAACUCUAGUACUGCAUGCGUUGUCAACUUUUGUAAACCGUGAAAUACAGUUACGUAUCAACUUUCGAAAUACCUAUGAAAUAUGAAGUACUCUAGUGAAAUAAACCUUUAAUAAAAUGUGAAACACAGAUUUAAAA